UCCAAACCGAGAGCCCCCACCCUUUGGUAUUCCGAACUCUGCCCACCAGCAUGCUCGCUGGCUUCACGGGCCCCUCACAGACCCGGGCUGGAUUCUCCGGAUAGACAUCAUCUAAAGUUUGGCUUUGUCUCGCGCGCGGCUGGUGUAUAUUUCAAAAGUUUAGCCCCUCCUCGGUUACCGUGAGCUAGGCAUAAUGCCCACGUUUCAGACGAAAACCGUUCUCGGAGCUCGGGCCCGUGGGUCCCAGUUGGCUCUCAGGACUCUUCUGGAUGCCAUGGCAGGGUUAGCCACCAGAGCAGGGUGGUGUGUGGCUGCCUGCCAUCAUUCAUGCAGUCAGCAGAUAUUCACGGCACUUUCUCUGUGCUAGGCAUGGGCAGAUUAUUCAGUUUUGUCCAAGACCAUGCCCUUCCUUUCUUGGAGCCCAGCUGUGUGAAAAGAGACAGCCAUGUAACCACAGAAAUACUUGACAGCUGGAUUAGCCCUGGGGUAGGACAGCCCAGGAGAUGUGGGAAUUAGGGGAGGGGCCCUUGACUCCUGAAAGCCAAAUAAGAACUAGCUAGAUGAAGAGGUGGGAGAAAGUUAAUUUAUGUUCUUAAUGCCUUUAGAUCUUUCAGCAUGGCAGAGACCAGACUAAAAUGAAGACACAUUUGUGUUUUGUGAUCUCAUAAAGAGCCAGCACAUGGAGAGGACAGAAACCAGGAAGGGGUUAACUAAUGCUUAUAUAAGACAGAAGAGAAAGAUGUCAUUCCGUAAAGUAAACAUUGUCAUCCUGGUCCUGGCCGUGGCUCUCUUCUUACUGAUUUUGCACCGUAACUUCCUUGGCCUGAGUAGUUUGCUAAGGAAUGAGAUUUCAGAUUCAGGAAUUGUGAGGCUUCAGCCUAUAGACUUUGUCCCAAAUGCUCCCCGCCAUGUGGAAAAUGGGAAACAAGAGGAGAUUCCUGUGGUCAUUGCUGCAUCUGAGGACAGGCUUGGGGGGGCCAUUGCAGCCAUGAACAGCAUUCAGCACAACACUCGCUCCAGUGUGAUUUUCUACAUUGUCACACUCAACGACACAGUGGACCAUCUCCGGUCCUGGCUCAACAGUGGCUCCUUGAAAAACAUCAGGUACAAAAUUAUAAACUUUGACACCAAACUUCUGGAAGGGAAAGUAAAGAAUCCUGACCAGGGGGAAUCCGUAAAACCAUUAACCUUCGCGAGGUUCUAUUUGCCAAUUCUGGUUCCCAGCGCAAAGAAGGUCAUAUAUAUGGAUGAUGAUGUAAUUGUACAAGGUGAUAUUUUUGCCCUUUACAAUACACCAUUAAAGCCAGGACAUGCAGCUGCAUUUUCAGAAGAUUGUGAUUCAACUUCUUCUAAAGUUGUGAUCCGAGGAGCAGGAAAUCAGUACACUUACAUUGGCUAUCUCGACUAUAAAAAGGAAAGGAUUCGUAAGCUUUCCAUGAAAGCCAGCACCUGCUCAUUUAAUCCUGGAGUUUUUGUUGCUAACCUGACAGAGUGGAAAAGACAGAAUAUUACUAACCAGCUGGAAAAAUGGAUGAAACUCAAUGUAGAAGAGGGAUUGUAUAGCAGAACAUUGGCUGGCUGCAUCACAACGCCACCUCUACUGAUCGUAUUUUAUCAACAGCACUCCACCAUUGACCCUAUGUGGAAUGUCCGCCACCUUGGCUCCAGUGCUGGAAAACGAUAUUCCCCUCAGUUUGUAAAGGCUGCCAAGUUACUCCAUUGGAACGGGCACUUUAAACCAUGGGGAAGAACUGCUUCAUAUUCUGAUGUUUGGGAAAAAUGGUAUAUUCCAGAUCCAACAGGCAAAUUCAGCCUAAUUCGAAGACACAUGGAACUCUCAAAUACAAAAUAGAAUUUAAAUGACUAGCAUUUCUCAGGAAAUCCUAGAAGAUAUGUGUGCACAGUAACACAAGUGCUAGGCUCCCACGCUUAUCUCUAGCAACCCAUGGAAAAAGAGAAUGCUUUGGCUGGGUAAAGACAACAAGCCCUAUGCACAGUCUGGCAAUCAGCCUCUCAGAUCAACUAUAAAUGUCUCCACUUGUCUUACCAAGUGUUUUCUUACCACUGGAUGAAUGGAUUGAUACAACUACCUGGUAUAGCUAGCUCAAAAAUUGCUGCUUGGUUUUAAUUUUGUAACCUGUGGCCUGAAUAAUCUGUAAAUAUGUAAAUAAAAUGAAACCUAUGUUUUUCAAUUUA